CAACUCACACGUGUUAGCUCACUUAGGCUGUUAAUCGUUUACUGUCUUCUUUUCUCGAUAAAUAAUUUGUCUCUGAUUUACUAUAGGAGUGCGUCACCAUGCCUGUUGGAACCAGAAGUAGUUCUAGACGAGGAGCUGGAGAAGUGGGACUAGGAGACCAAACAGAGUCUUUGGAAAGUUUGUCAAGCCCGAGAAAGAGAGUCUCAAGGUCUACAAAGAUCAAGAAGUCUGAAGAGGAGACAAAGUCAAUUCCAGAAGAAACAUUGGACUCAGAGAAUGAGAAAACAGAUGCAUCAAAUGCUAUAGAGAGCAAAGACGGUGUAUCAUUAGAUCAAAAUAUACAGGAACCAAACACUUAUCAAUCAUUAGACACAUCUUCCGUUGCAAGUGAAAGAGUGAAAUCUGCAGAAAAGACCAUUAAUAACACUGAGGUUGCAUAUACAGAGAAAGGGUCUGCUGAUGAGACUGCUGCCAAAGAGGUAAUAAACUCAAGAAAACAGCCUGCUGAUGAGACGAGAGCAACUUGUGACGUUAUCAAGAGUGUAAUGGAAGCUUACAAGCAAGAAUCUACAACACAAAAGCGGUUCAAAGGAAUGCCAAAGUCAGGCAGACCAUGGAAGACAGAGCAGACUGCACGGUUUUCCAACAUGAGAAAAGAUAAGCCUCUCAAGUCAUCAUGGCAACUCAAAAUGGCCCAGAAAGCAGAAAAGUUGUCUGUCAGAAAAUAUCAGCAAGAGUUAGAAGAUGCCAAAAGGCAGGCUAUCCUGUUAAAGAAACAGCGGAGAGAAGAGCAUCAGAAGAAGAAAGAAGAAAAUCAAAAGAAGUCCGAAGUGGUCCAAGUUAUUAAGAAUCCAGCUAAGCUGAAGAGGAUGAAGAAGAAGCAACUUCGAAUGAUUAAGAAGCGAUGAUGAGAGAAUUCCCUUGUUGGGAUUUACAAAUUACAGGGUUAUUUGUAAAAAAAAGACUACCCAACAGGCAAGAAAAGUGGAAUUUUUAGGAAAAUAUCUACAUGGACAAGUUUCUAGAGUAUGUGUACUGAUGAGAAACUGUUGGAAACAGAUAACAGGCUUUUACAGAUCUAUGGUUACUUAGCAUGAAAGGGAGUUUCCAAUAUGUGCCAUCAUUUGUCAGUUACAAAGAAUUCUUCACACUACUGUUCAAGAAAAGGUGAGGAAAUCAACCUUGUUCUCUCAAACUUUGAUUGUAAAGAAACUUAUACUUUGUGAGACAUUGUUGCUAUUACACUUGAGAUAUUUAUGUCUCUCAAAUUAUUCGCUAUCAUUGGUCAGUUAGCAAGAAUCACUAGCCACUGGUCACAAAACCAUCUUUAUUUAUGUAUACAUUUUGUAUGCGCUGGAUCUAAUACACUAAUCAGGGUUCCGUAACACAAAGGUUUGCGAUGAAUUGUAAAUAUGAAAAUAUUUUAAACAGAGUGCGCAUGCACCAAUGAUCUUGAUUGGUUAUUGGUAUUUAGUGAUUGAUUAAUUGUGUUACGGAGCCCAGAACAAGAAUUAUUGAUCUGAUACAAAAUUUAAGACAUAUAUGUGACUGAAUGAGUAUGGAAAACAGACUUAGCUUUUGAUCAUGAACAGAUUGUAUUUCAUAUGGGAAAAUAAAUGUAUUGUAUCCAGUAUUUUUGAAGUUCAGCUGUAUAAAGAAUACAAAAAAGUAUUAUGAUAUCAUCUAUAUUAGACAUUAGAAUUGGUGAUUUUAAUUAAAAAACAGUUUUGGCAAGCAUUUUAGACUUUUUAAAAUAAUGUUGCAUUACUCAGCCCUCUACUCCAAGCUUGGCAUCAGACAAUAUCAAAGCUUUUGAGUUAUGAUACUUAUCUUGUCAUCUAACUAUUAUUCAUUCAAUGUUUUUCUCUGGAUUUUAAAGUUCUGAAGUUUUAUACAAAAAUAAUUAUAUAUAAAUACAACAUAUUUUCCUGAGCACAUUGUGAUGGUAAUAUACUGAUGUGCAAAUAUUGGUCCUUAGUAAGACAAGUAGACAACUAUAGAAACAAAAAAUACAAUAUAUUUUCCUUAGCACAUUGUUAGUCUGUUGAUGAUAAUAUGAUCCUUAUAAAAAAAAUCUAUGCUGCUUCUUUUAGCAUGAAUCCUGCUGAUAUAUAGGGGUGUUAUGCAUCUUUUAAAAAUACAUGUUUGUACAAAUACACACAUUAAAUAGUACUGUAUAGCACAGUUUUGGUUUCUUAACUAGUGCACAUGAUAUCCAUGGACUGUAUUAUUUGAUUAAUUUCUAAAAUUGUGAUUAUUAGAAAGUCUUACUAUACAAUGAAAACAUUAGAUAAACACAACAA